AUGCUCAGCUCGGCGAGCUCCUGGUUACAGCUUGACAGGCUUGAGCAAGCCAAGGUGCAGGUGAACACCGGUUCUGGCGGGGCGUUUCCCUGCCACUUCGAUCUGCCUGCAGCCUCUGAUGCGCGACGCAUUUUGACCGCUUUGUUGUAUCUCAACCCGGAUUGGGCUGAGGGCGACGGCGGGGAAGUGGAAAUACUCCCUUUCCCCUUUGCAGAUUCUCCCUUGCCACCCUUGGACAGACGCCUCGUGGUGUUUUCAUCGUGCACGACUUUGCAUCGUGUGCGACCUUUCCGCGGAGCUUCGAGCCGCGUGUGCAUCAAUCUUUGGUUUGAGGGUGAGGCGCAGAUCCCGUUCCCGGCGCCACUGCGGGCUCCAUCGGUCGACGAGCGGGUGCUGAAGGUGAUUCGCAUACUGCGGCAGCAGCCUGUGGAGCUUCGAGCCUUCUGCAAGGUUUGGUACAGCGACCUCUUCGUGGAAUCGCUGCGGGAUGCCUUCGAGGCCUCCGAGGCGCUGGAGGCCGCCCUGCAACUCCACCAGACCGAGAGGCAGGCCGUGGAGUCUCGCAUUGCCCCAGCCACGCUCCGGCUGCUGCGGGAGUUCUUGCCCCUAAGACCCGUGGCCGAACAGGUGGAGGAGGCUGCCGAAAUGACGGACCUGUUUGAUGGGUCUGUCUUGCAGAAGUGCGUCAAGGACAACUCGCAGGUGCUGAUCAACUGCCGCAACAAUCGGAAGAUCUUGGCCCGAGUGAAGGCAUUCGAUCGGCAUUCGAACAUGGUCCUGGAGAACGUGAGGUGGCCGAUUUGGGCUCAACAGGGUGCCAUUGUGGUCCCCAUCUGGCUCUCGUCAUUGCCAAGGCUUCUUCCCGCCUCGCCCCAUGGAUGCCGGGACCACAACCGCCUCUUCAUGCCAGCCAUGAGGAUACUUACGAUUCUUCAUACUCUGGCGAUAGCAGCCGCAGUCCGGGAAUCCGACGGGGUGAUCGAGACCAGUUGCGAGAGCAGCGAGGUCGCCAGUGCUCGAGGAGGAGUUCUACUGCAGCGAACUGUGCUGAACAGAGUCCGGGCAAUUCUGGGAUCAGGACAGUUUCUGGAGCACUUUGAGCCCAAGCAAAACUCGAACAGCACGCCCGGAGAAGGCUCUAUCCGCCAUCUGCCUUGCGGCCAACUGAUAAAGCUCAAUGCUUCAUAUGCCCUCGAUGCCACAUGUCCCUCCUCCUGUCCACUCCACGUCGAUCCGACCAGCGAUUCAGCGAAGGACUUCUGCCAGUCCAUGUGCGUGCCAGAGGGAGCGUGCAAGCGCCACAAUCCAAAGGCACCUGUUGGGGAUCCGGCCAUCGGCUCCUGCCGAGGAGCGGUAGUGGACGGGUGCGAGGUGCCCAGCGAGGAUGGCACAGACUCGUGCGAGGAGUGCGACGGCUUCUUCUACCUCACGAAAGAUCGGAAGUGCGCUCGCAAAUAUGCCUGGGCACUCUACGUCAUUGCAGCGGUGCUGGUGGUGGUGAUUCUGCUCGCUCUUGCGAUCUUGGUCGAUUUGCUGAUGCGGCCUGUGACGAAUGAAGCCGGGCUUGAGGACGCCCUUGCUUACCGCUCCCGGCAGAAGUUAAGGAUGCCGAACGUUGAUGGCAGCGGUCGCCACCUGUACCCUUUGUCGACGAAUCUUUGUACGGGCAUCGUUGGCGGUCCGGGCCUGGCGCUGCACUUCCGCUUCCAGGCAGUCAUCGUCAUCUGGGCUGCCGUCAUUGCCUCCAGCUGGUUGCUGCUAGCGCUGCUUGUGGACUAUGACCUUCUAGUCCUCGGCACGAAAGAGUUCGGGACCGCAGUUGGCUGCCGACAGAAAGGUGCCAGGCAAGCAUUGUUCUCCAUUGCGUUUGCAGGAGCUUUCCUGACGGCUUCUAUUGCCGUCUUGAGUCCACUGAAGGCGCAAAUCCAAACCGAGCUUGGUUGCACGGACGCGCAAACGGGACUUCCAGCAUUCGCAACGCAAUUCUCGCAAGUGGCAGCUGCAGCUUUCUCUGGCAUUUUUGCGAGCCAAAAGGGCGUCAGCCGCCGUUUCGUUCUCUCUAUGUCUUGCGCGGUUGUGUCUGUCUCGACAUGCUUGAUUGUCGUCAAGCCGAGCAUUGGACUUCUCUGCGUAUUGCGAGUCUUCGUGGGGGCGGGCUAUGCGUGCGGCAUGAUCAUCAUCCCGUCUUUGCUAGUGGACUAUUUUCCCAUUCCAGAUAGAAGCUAUGUCUUCGCACUGUUCGAGGUAAGUUGCUUGUUGGGUGGAGCCUUCAGCUACGCAAUUGGAGCGGUGAUUGCAGAAGCCAUGGGUUGGAAAGCAGCAGUGGUGACCGUUGGUGCACCUUGUCUGAUUGCUAGCGCCGCCGUGAACUUCAUCAGGGAACCCAAGCAAGGCAUCAAUGACGUCAAUGUAGUUGAAGAGGGGACGUCAACGAUUGCUAAAUACCACAAAGUUCUCUCAAACCAACAUUUCUUGGUGAUCGUCGCGGUCAGCAUUAUGAACACCUUUGCGGAGAGUGCCCUCGCCGAUUGGUUCCCGACGUUGCUGCAGAGAUUCGAUGGGCAGAGUGUGCGAACAGCUGGCCUGGAAUGUGCCUUUGCAGGGAUCUUGGGUGGCUUGUUUGGGAGCAUCCUGGGUGCAAAAGCCAUCAGGAACUUUCAGGAAUCUGGUAAGAACAUUGAGCUGUUGGCACCUGGAAUGGCUACCAUGGCAACGAUUUGGCCAUGUCUAGCGCUCCUGUCGUUUCAGAUGCAGAACAUCUUCUCUAUCGUGGCUUUAUCAGCUGCUUACAUGUCUGCGUUCACGUUGAGCAGCGUGUGCUUGUCGGUGCUUCUCACGAAGGUUUUCCCUUCUUCUCAGAUCAGCUUGGCCGUAUCGGUUCGUCAGCUCUGCACAAGCGGCCUUGGGACUGCCUAUAAUAAGGCAUCUCUGCAGUCGCUCUUCUCCACGGAGGAUGAGCAUGCAUUUCGGAACUGCGUUCUGGUGGCAUGGGGCCGUGCGACACAGCGGAGGCUCAUGUGGCUGAAGACGUGGUUUCUGAGCUUUGUCUACAUCUUUUCAUUUCUGGGAAGUGUCUUUUUCGGCGCGCGCCAACUGUACUUCUGGGAGCGCCUCGAUGACAACAACGACACCAUGAAAGACUAUGCACUUCGACUGUCUGGCCUGCCAUGGCUGGACGGAACUGUGCGCAUGGAGGAGGAACUUAAGGAGAGUUUGCAGCUCGCAACUGGACGCACAGUGGUUGGAGUCUCUGUCUGCUGGGACUACCAUGAACAUCAGGAAGCUGUUCGUGCCCGGCUCGAGAAGGGAGAGGAUGUACAUCAACAAGGCGUCGUCAUUCGUCAGGACAUGGGCCCAUUCAGAAGCACUCUGUUUCAUUUCGAGCAGAUGAUCCUCGCUGAGGAUAAGGAGCAGCUUUUGUCAGAAGAUGAGUUCCGUGAUCUUCUGAUGUCGAUGAGGUGCUGCUCCACAGCCUUCGCUGUCUUCGAGACAGAGCGGGCGAGAGAUGAGGCUGCCGUUCUGCUGUCCUCCGGCCUGGCCUUUCGUGGCACCUGCCUCGAAGCAAGCCCUGCCGUGCGGGAGCCUCACGGCGUGAAUUGGAGGAACAUGCGGACAACUGGUCUUGCCGGUAAACUGCAAAGGCUGGGAAGAGGCUUCGCCCUGAUCCUUGUGGGCGUCGCUCUGUACCUCGGAAUUUUCUAUGCACCCUAUGCUUGGUCCAUCCUGAAGUUUAACUAUGAGGGUGGUCAGCAGCCUGGCAUAGUGUACACCAUCGCCUUCUCGCUGAUCGUUUGUGUGGGCAACCUGAUGAUGGCAGAGAUGUGCAGCCGUGUGGCAGACACCAUCGGCUUCGAGUACAAGGAGACCAGAGAAAAUUGCUACAUGGUCCUCUACUUGCUGGCCAUUGUGAUCAAUGUGGGUCUGGACAUAUGGACCACUUACUACAUGGCAUCUCAGACCUUCAGCUGCCAUGAUUCCUUCUGUUCUGGGUAUCACCGAGAGCGGUUCAAUCAACCGCGAAAGUCCAGAUAUUUCUUGCUGCAUGUUUCGAUGUGCAAGACAGCAUGUGUCUUCUCAAACACACAUCUUCGGUGGCUCGAGGUAAUGCAUUACUGCACGUGUGCCACAAUGAAGGUUUCAAGACUCUGA